UGCAGAUGAGGCACCAUCGCGGAGUCCCAAUUCUCCAUGGAUCCAUCUGCGCCAUCUCUCCGACCGACCUUAUGCGUAGCGGGGGACGCCGAUGCUGUUGUUGUUGUUGUUGUUGCUCCUCUGUUGUAGAGCCGCUCAGCUAGAGGCUUUCGUGUGCUCUCACUGCUCGGCAUACCUUGGAUGCGGCGUAGAGCAACAUCGUUUUGGGAUCCAAACUCGAGCUCGAGAAGUGAUCUCUUCAUGGAAUGAUAAAAGUGCCCCAGCUGUCUACAUUUUUGAGAUUUUAAAGCCUUAGUGUUUUUGUGGGCGGUGGUUGAAUUGAGACAUUGCAAGCUGCGAUGGUGUUAGCAGUUUCGCCCGCGGUGGCUUCCUUUUCGGGUACCGCUGCGGCAAUUGGCACGCGAUCUAGUGGUGGUCUCGGUAUUGCAGUUCGGAGAGCCGAAAGCGAAACAAGACUAUAUUUUCGAAGAGGAAUAAGUCUAGUCUUAUCUUGCUGCCCUGAUGUGAGCAGGUCCUCACAUUUGCAUCAUGUUGAUCCAGUGGUCUCCUCGCGCGGUUUUUCCUCAAGCGAGGGACGGUCAGUUCCUACAUGCAGUGCAAGUCAGGAGGUGGCUGCCACGGCCGAGAGUGCUGUGGCAGGUGAGGUCACACAGUUUUCAGAGCUGGCUCAAGCAAAAGUACUAUCGAUCGUGGGUGCUGGAAGCGUUAGCCCCUUUAAUGGCAAUUCUUGGGAAGAUGUCAUGCGGCACAUGGCACAACGGAUUGGAUUCAUCGAUACGAAUUUCGAGAUGUUGGUUCUUACUGAGGAAGCUUUUCUCGCCGAGGGCAAAGAAUUUGAUGCAGAUGUUGCCAUUGUCAUAGCUGUCAGAGACGUGGAAGUUGCGGAGCAGCUACAGAAACGCUAUCUCCAGAAUGUGCCGACUCUAGUUUCUUUUGAUUCAGCCCCUAACUUUGAAACUCGGUUGGGCAGCUUAAAGGUAAAGCCUGUCGACCAAGUUGAGAAAAUGCUUGGGUCGUUUCCAGGAAGCAAGAGAAAAGACGCUAUGAAGGUUCUAAGUUUAGUGGAGGAAGCUUGGGAACGGAAGAGCAGCGAUGAUGUCCGGUUCGCGCUGCUUGUGCUCAUUGAUUCAUAUGUGACUCCGGUGACCUUACUGAAGAACCUUCGUGCAACAAGUUUAGCAUCCGUUCAGUGUAUGGUGAAAAACUGUCGAUCUCAGAUUUUGUCCUGUAUCCUGGACCCCAAUUGUCGCCAGGCCCUCAACUGUCUGCAGAGUUGUGCACCGACGGACCAGGUGUGCAGCUAUCGAUGUAUAGUCUCAUAUGAAAGCGAAAAACUUGAGGCAUUUACACUGUGCGUAUUACAGAAGCACAACUGCCUCGGUCUCUCUGCAGAUAUUUUAAUGCAACCGGACGUGCAGCCAAUGAAACUUUUCCGUGGUAAUCCUGUGACUCACGAAAUCGCGGAGGAUUUGUUCAUUGGAUGGCUUGGACGUCCGAACCCGGAUUCUUUAGCGACACCCUUGAAGUACAGCUGGAGAGUGGUUGCUGGACAAAAUGCAGCCUAUGAUCAAUUCCCCUGUCAAUUUCAGAUAUUCUAUCGGGGGAAAGCAAAGGGAUCCAUGUGGUAUGACCCCGUAUUCCAGGUUCAAACUCUAGACGGAAAACUGGUGUGGAGGCGGCGGCAUUACCGCGUCAAGCGCGACGUUGUGCCAGGCACCUUCUACUUCACCGUCCUCGACAAUGGUGUGAUUUCCAAGGAGUUUUGGCGCAUUGUGGAUGUGAAGGACGAUUUAUCAUGGGGUUUAUUCUACUAUAGUGGAGCUGCAGCCGCUGCUGGGCAGUCAUACACGGGUGCCAUACUCGUGACGCAGGAUGGGUCAUGGCCCCCUGAGAGCGAGGCUAUACGGCUCAAUUCUGCACUUGAUAAAUGUGGAAUCAAGGUUUGGGAACUGUACCGAGUGAACAAUGCUGGCUGCUCAAAUCCACCCCUUAGCAUCCCUGAAGGCUCUUCGUUGCACUCAGUAAUCACUUGAGACCGGGAAUUAGUCAGGUUCUCGCUUAUCGCUUGUAUAUACUGUAUGUUCGAAAGUGAAAAACGAAUCAAUUUUGUCAACAUUUAGUUUGCUCAGAUUUCAGAGGAGUAGAGUGGUUUCUUUUUUUUUCUCCUUAUGCCAUCUAUGUGGUAAAGACAAAAAGCAGCGUACAGUAUUGAUUGCUGUUGGGUGGAGCAUACAAAUAUCAAGAUGUAUCGUAUUUCGAAAUAUCAUUGUGAUAUUUUGGCAGUGUCUCGACUUUUUAGUUGUGAACAGUUACUGCAUGCGCCA